AGAUACAAAUAUCUACCACUCGAAUCCAAUCUCCAAAUUUUUUGAAGUGCAAUGUUGGGCAAGCUCCAACCACUCAAAUCAAACGUGAAAGUGUUUUUCUUUGGAAGGGUCUGUACAAGAAGGUGCACACUGAUUAUGUCAAUUCCCUUUUCAGUACAUGUAUCCAAAAUUUCUUUCUUCUCUGCACCAUUGAUGCCACACAACAACACUAAGUUCUUUGAAGGAGAUUGUGGAAGCUUCCUUUUCACGCAAAUGAUGUCUUUUGUCUAGUUCUUUGACCUGUUCAUUUGCAUGAAGAGCUUCUUCUAAAGUUUCCCAUUGCUUCGUCUAAAAGUCUUGAUCAUUCUUUGAUGAUGAUGAUGAUGGAGAUUUUUACUGGAUACGCUGAUGAUUUCUCAUGGAUUUGUCUGAAGCAUUUUGAGUUCACUUCUUUCUGUUCACAAAGGAGCACAAUAGACACUAUAAAUCUAAUUUUCCUCUGUGUCUUCUACGCUUCCACCAUUGUCACUUUAAUCAGAAGAAAUUUUAUAAAUGGAAGUCAUACCAAAACCAGGUUUUUCCUUUUUGUCUCUAUCUGUUGUGCGAUCACUAGCGUUGUGUUUUACAGUAUUGCCCUGUGGAGUCUCAUAGCCAAAACUGGGAACUCCAUGGCUAACCACCUCAGCUGGUUAGCAUGCGUUGUACGAGGAUUUGUUUGGACUUCUUUAGCAGUUUCAUUGCUUGUUCAGGGACACAAAUGGAUCAAAAUUCUAAACUCUGUCUGGUGGGCAUGUUCCUUUGCACUAGUUUCGGCUCUCCACAUUGAAAUUCUGUUUAGAAAGCAUGGAAUAGAAAUUUUCGAUGUCCUACUAUGGCUCUUACACACGCUUCUUCUCUUCUGUGCCUUCCAAAACCUUGGUUGCUUUGUCAUUCAAAAUGUGCCAAAAGGUUUAUCUGAACCGUUGUUAGCUCGGGAAGUUGACACAGAAGAAACAGGACUAGGUCGUGCUUCCUUUCUGAGCAAGUUGACUUUCUCUUGGGUUAACUCCUUACUCAGUUUGGGUUACUCAAAGCCACUAUCUCUUGAAGACAUCCCUUCCAUUCUUUCUGAAGAUAAGGCACACCUGUCCCACCAAAACUUCAUGCAUGCAUGGCAAUCCCUUGCGAGGGAGACAAGCAAGAACAACACCAAGAACUUGGUGUUUUGGUCCAUUGUUAGAACUCACUUAAAAGAGAACAUGCUAAUAUCUGUUUACGCAUUGCUCAGAACCAUUGCUGUGACUUUUUCUCCUUUAAUACUCUAUGCUUUUGUCAACUUUUCAAAUAGUAGGGAUUCCGGGGAGACAGAUCUCAGAGAAGGUCUUACCAUAGUGGGUUUUCUUAUUCUCUCCAAAGUGGUUGAAUCUGUGUCACAGAGACACUGGUUUUUUUGUACCAGGAGGUCGGGGUUGAAGAUGAGAUCAGCUCUGAUGGUUGCAGUGUAUGAAAAACAACUAAAGCUUUCAAACUCAGCAAGGACAAGACACUCGACAGGUGAAAUUGUGAAUUACAUUGCUGUUGAUGCGUAUCGCAUGGGAGAAUUUCCAUGGUGGUUUCAUCUAACAUGGGCAUGUACAUUGCAUCUUCUUCUAUCUAUCAGUAUCCUGUAUGGAGUUGUGGGAGUAGGUGCACUUCCUGGUUUAAUUCCUCUUCUUAUAUGUGGACUUCUCAAUGUACCAUUUGCCAAGAUCCUACAAAAGUGCAUGGCACAGUUCAUGAUUUCACAGGAUGAGCGUCUGAGAGCAACUACAGAAAUUCUAAAUAGCAUGAAAAUCAUCAAGUUACAGUCCUGGGAAGACAAAUUCAAGAGUUUGGUUGAGAACCUACGUGCGAAAGAGUUCAUUUGGCUAUCUAAGGCACAGAUGUUGAAAGCUUAUGGAUCACUUGUAUAUUGGAUGUCUCCUACCAUCGUUUCUGCUGUUGUUUUCAUCGGUUGUGCUGUUUUCAAUAGUGCUCCAUUAAAUGCCGGGACCAUAUUUACAGUUCUUGCAACGUUGAGGAACUUGGGAGAACCUGUUCGAAUGAUUCCGGAGGCUCUAUCUGUUAUGAUCCAAGUUAAGGUAUCUUUUGAUCGUCUCAAUACCUUUUUGUUUGACGAAGAACUAGAUACCAGUGCUGGUAACAAAAGCUAUAAAAACCGAAGUUCAAUUAAUGCGGUAGAAAUCCAAGCUGGCAACUUCAUUUGGGACCAUGAAUCAGUGAGGCCAACUUUAAGAGAUGUGAAUUUAGAAAUCAAAUGGGGACAGAAAGUUGCAGUUUGUGGGCCAGUUGGAGCUGGAAAAUCAUCUCUUUUGUAUGCAAUAUUAGGAGAGAUUUCCAAGAUAUCAGGAACUGUCAAUGUGUUAGGAAACAUAGCAUAUGUUUCUCAAACUUCUUGGAUACAGAGUGGGACGGUUCGAGAGAAUAUACUCUUCGGCAAGCCAAUGGAGAAAACAAGAUACGAGAGUGCCAUUAGAGUCUGUGCCUUGGAUAAGGAUAUCAAUGAUUUUAGCCAUGGUGAUCUUACAGAAAUAGGUCAGCGAGGGAUUAACAUGAGUGGAGGACAAAAGCAAAGGAUUCAACUAGCUCGUGCUGUCUACAAUGAUGCUGACAUUUAUCUCCUCGAUGAACCUUUCAGUGCAGUUGAUGCUCACACUGCUGCUAUCCUUUUCAAAGACUGCGUAAUGACGGCUCUAAGAGAAAAAACAGUCAUUCUAGUGACACAUCAAGUGGAGUUUCUCUCAGAAGUUGAUACAAUCCUGGUAAUGGAAGGUGGAAAAGUUACUGAAUCAGGAAAGUAUGAGAAUCUCUUAACAACUGGGACUGCCUUUGAACAACUUGUGAGCGCUCACAAGGAAGCAAUUACAGAGUUGGAUCAGAAUAAUGAGAACCGAAUUCAUAGAGAAGAGUCUCAAGGUGUUUAUAAAUACCAAAGUGAGGGGGAGAUUUCUACGGAGGGUCAACUUGGGAUGCAACUUACACAAGAAGAAGAAAAAGAGAUUGGUGAUGUCGGCUUCAAGACAUUCUGGGAUUAUAUUUCCUUUUCCAGGGGUUCAUUGAUGCUGUUUUAUAUAGUUUUGGCACAAUGUGCUUUUGUUGCUUUGCAAACUGCAUCAACGGUUUGGCUUGCUUUAGCCAUUGAUAUUCCAAAAAUAACUAGUGCCAUCUUGAUUGGGGUGUACGCAUUAAUUUCAUUUUCUGGUGCUGCGUUUACAUAUAUAAGGUCUCUCUUGACCUCUUACCUUGGAUUAAAUGCUUCCAAAGCUAUCUUCACAAGUUUCAAUACUGCUAUCUUCAAUGCUCCUAUGCUCUUCUUUGACUCAACCCCCAUAGGAAGGAUUUUAACAAGAGCUUCAUCAGAUUUAAGUAUUUUGGAUUUUGACAUACCUUAUUCGAUCACCUUUGUAACAUGUAUACCAAUUGAAAUUUUGGUGAUUAUUGGUCUAAUGGUUUUAGUAACAUGGCCAGUUCUCAUUGCUGCCAUUCCAGCAAUAGUUGCGUCAAAAUAUGUUCAGGAAUAUUAUCAAGCCUCGUCAAGGAAAUUAAUGAGGAUCAAUGGAACCACGAAAGCUCCUGUGAUGAAUUUUGCAGCUGAAACAUCACUUGGUGUUGUUACUGUGAGAGCAUUCGAUAUGGUAGAAAGAUUUUUUAAAAACUACUUAAAGCUUGUAGACACAGACGCAACACUGUUUUUACAUUCUAAUGUGGCCACGGAAUGGUUACUUUUGAGGAUUGAAGCACUUCAAAAUUUGACAGUCAUCACUUCAGCUUUGCUACUUGUUCUAUUUCCUCAGGGAUACGUGUCCUCAGGUCUUGUGGGACUAUCUCUCUCUUACGCAUUAUCCUUAACGUAUUCACAUAUAUUUUGGACUCGAAUGUAUUGCAACCUAUUAAACUAUCUUAUCUCUGUUGAAAGAAUCAAGCAAUUCAUUCACCUACCAUCAGAACCUCCUGCUAUUUUGAAGGACCACCAACCUCCAUCUUCAUGGCCAUCCAAAGGCAGGAUUGACCUUCAAGCCUUAGAAAUUAGAUACCGUCCGAAUGCUCCAUUAGUGCUUAAGGGUAUCACUUGCACGUUUAGAGAAGGGAGAAGAGUGGGAGUUGUAGGAAGAACCGGAAGUGGAAAGAGUACACUCAUAAGUGCUUUGUUUCGCUUAGUUGAGCCAGCAAGCGGUGACAUUCUCAUAGAUGGGAUUAACAUAUGCUCAAUGGGGUUGAAGGAUUUGAGAAUGAAACUAAGCAUCAUCCCUCAGGAACCAACUCUUUUCAAGGGCAGCAUCAGAACCAACUUGGACCCUUUAGGCCUGUAUUCAGAUGAUGAGAUAUGGAAGGCUUUAGAGAAAUGUCAGCUUAAGGAAACUAUCAGCCAUCUUCCAAAUCUCUUAGACUCUCUGGUGAGUGAUGAAGGUGGAAAUUGGAGCUUGGGACAACGACAACUGUUUUGUCUUGGAAGAGUACUGCUUAAGAGGAACAGAGUUCUUGUUCUGGAUGAAGCCACUGCCUCCAUUGACUCUGCCACAGAUGCAAUUCUACAAAGAAUUAUCAGAAAAGAGUUUGAAGCAUGCACAGUUAUUACAGUGGCUCACAGGGUUCCCACUGUUAUAGACAGUGAUAUGGUUAUGGUCCUCUCCUAUGGGAAAAUGGUGGAAUAUGAUGAGCCUUCGAGACUAAUGGACACCAACUCUUCAUUCUCUAAGCUGGUAGCUGAAUAUUGGGCCAGCUGCAGCAAGAAUUCCUCCUAAAAUCUUUGUUUGCAGCAACAUUAAAA